GUGGGGGUGGGUGGGGAGGAGGGCUGUUCCCGGAGCAAAUGCCCCUUAGACACCCUUAUCCUUCCAUGUUGCCGCUCGGCGAUUUGAGCCGCGGCAUUCCUCAAUGGCCCUUAUAAUGGCGAGGCUAUGCCUUGUUUGAGAAUCGCUCUGUCUCUCCUGUCUAAGGGGGCACGCCGCUUUCCUGACGAUCUUCUUGGUCUCCUGUAUACUUAUCCUCCAAGGAUUCCUCCAUUCCUUUCUGCUCCUUAGGGCCACGCUCGUCUCUCAGUCUCGUCGACGCGUCUUCCCCCUUUGGCCAACCCAACUCAACACCAAGGCAAGGUGGUUGAAGAAAGAUGGCACUCACCAGCAUGUCCCUAAGCGCCCUACACCUCGACUUCGGCGACAGCGUCGAUUUCGACUUCAAUGAUUUCUCUGCCGGAUGCUCGACAGGCAGCAUCAGCGGAUCCUCGUAUGCCUCGUCAAGCUUUGGUCCUCACACGCCGACAUCUGGCCGUUCGACCCCGCCUUUCUCAACUUCUAUGGACUUUGGUUCCUCCUUCGCCUCCCCCGUCGAUACAGUCCCGUUUGAUAUGACACCCCCCUCCUCUGCCAGGUCGACCUACUUUCCUACGACGCCUAAGACGGGCAUUCUCUCGGAAUAUGUUCACCCGGUCUUUCCCGUCACUCCUUCGCGAGGGCAGCUCGGCUUUCCCGGCCAUCCGCUCAGCAGCAGUGAAGCUCAGCUGACUCCUGCUCAAACGGCGGAGUGUGGCUUCUUCAUGAACGAGCUUGGACCCAGCCCCCUGAUGUCGACGUCCUCCGCCUCGGCGCAGUUUCCGCACAUAUUCGACUCGACCUGGAUGCACACCGAGAGCCCCAUAAGCUUCGAGCAACAGUCCUCGGCCGAGCUCGACGGCGCGCUCCCAUCGCUCAAACUGGAACAGGAGGACAACAUGACGACGCCGCUACCGCUUUCAGACGCAGCCAGGAAGCGAGCCGGGAUAGGGGAGGCGCGGCAUAAGACGACGGCCCUCCACCAAGCGCAGCAGCGCUCGCAAGCCAGCACGCGGAGACAGAUCAAGAGGGAAAAGCGUCUUUGCGCAUUGAAGGCGGACGAUGGCGGCCACGAUGGCGGCCACGAUGGCGGCCACGAUGGCGGCAUGGCCGUGGACAACGUCGAGCCUCGCAGCAAGCAUUACUGUCCCCAUCCGGGGUGCAAAUGCGGGCCAUACCAAAGGAAAGAGCACUUGAUAAGACACAUCGAGUCCAUCCACGACAAGGGGAAAGUGUACAAGUGCAACUGGUGCAAGCACACGUCCAACCGGAGGGACAAUAUGAACCAGCAUCUCAGGCUGCACACGCGGCCCGAGGGCAGGUCAGAGGGAAAGCCGAGGGUCGACUACAGCGCCGGCGCGGUUCUGGAGUUCGAGGAGGUGCAGAGGAACAACCGGGCUCGGCGGCGACGGAGCGUGAAGCCCAAGCCCAAGCCGGAAGACUCGCUCGCCUGAGUGAGCCGGAUGUGUCGGAA